AAAUAUGCAAACCACACCCAGAGCCACAGCCAUGAAAGAAAAAGUUGAAUAUAAUUUCCAACUUGUGAAUCGUGGGGGCCUAGUUUUCAGCAAUCAUGUCCUUACAAAAUCCACAAAGUAACAUGCAAAGAAAAGGGUCGGAUUUGAAUACUAAGCUAGCUUCCCUUGAAAAGCCAAGCCAACUUGAAGUUGAAGCACUGAAAGUCAGAUAAUCUAGAAACUAGAAUCCAACGGUUGAGACUGGAGAUUGGAUGACAACCUUGCGCAGGCUUAUCUUCUCUUACUUGAUUCUGUACAGUGCAGAGAAGGCGCGACAUAUCGAGAGAAAGAAACUAUGCACAGUUCAUAUAAAACGUGGUGGGGAUUGAAAGCCGGACCAGCCCGCCAUUAAUGGAAUUGCCGCUCACCUUCCUUCGUAACUUUAAAAAAUAUUAAUAAUUUCUCUCUCUAUUUGGGUUGUGAUUUGCGGGUUAGCUUUUUUUGCCAGUUACAUUCAAAAUCCGAGCUCGAGUUGUAGCUUCUAAUUAAUCUUGAACCAGGUCAUCUCUCUCUCUCUCUCUACCCAAAGCUGAAAGCUUUCUUCGUGCUUUUCUACAACCAGACACUCAAACAAAAACUCUUAUUCUAUCAGUCUCUUCACUAUCUACUUGAUUCAAGGAAGACAAACUAAAAAAAGGAGUGAGCUCAUUUCAAGCUUCAAUUUUCUGAUCUCUUUGAAGAAAUUUAAAGGCCAGGCUGCUUGUUGGUUUUUAUUGAUUUUGAUAUCAUGGGGAUUUGCCUGAGUGCUCAAAUUAAAGCUGAGAGCCAAUGCAACACAGGGCUGAGUUCAAAGUAUGUUAGCACAGAUGUGAAUGAUGAGAGCAGUAUGAGUAGUAAGGUCUCGUCAUAUUCGGUUCCUCUGACUCCUCGAAGUGAAGGUGAGAUUUUGCAUUCCCCUAAUCUAAAGAGUUUCAGUUUUGGGGAUCUCAAGAUGGCCACCAGGAACUUUCGACCAGACAGUGUGUUAGGAGAAGGUGGUUUUGGUUCUGUUUUUAAAGGGUGGAUUGAUGAGCAUUCAUUUGCCGCUACCAAACCUGGAACUGGUAUGGUUACUGCUGUGAAAAGGCUUAAGCAAGAAAGUUUCCAAGGUCACAAGGAGUGGCUGGCGGAAGUGAACUAUCUGGGACAGCUUUAUCACCCUCAUCUUGUGAAAUUGAUUGGAUAUUGCUUGGAGGAUGAGCACCGACUUUUGGUGUAUGAGUUCAUGCCUCGAGGCAGCUUGGAAAAUCAUUUGUUUAGGAGGGGUUCUUAUUUCCAGCCACUUUCUUGGGAUCUUCGGUUGAAGGUAGCUCUAGGUGCUGCUAAGGGGCUUGCCUUUCUUCAUAGUGCUGAAACAAAAGUUAUCUAUCGGGAUUUCAAGACUUCUAACAUCCUGCUUGAUUCUAACUACAAUGCAAAGCUUUCUGAUUUUGGGUUGGCCAAAGAUGGGCCAACGGGUGAUAAGAGCCAUGUCUCUACCAGAGUUAUGGGAACAUAUGGAUAUGCAGCUCCAGAAUACCUAGCAACUGGCCAUCUAACUGUGAAGAGUGAUGUCUACAGUUUUGGAGUUGUUCUGCUAGAGAUCAUAUCUGGCCGCAGAGCAGUUGACAAGAAUCGACCAUCUGGACAACACAAUCUAGUGGAAUGGGCUAAACCUUACCUAGCCAAUAAACGUAAAAUCUUCCGGGUCAUUGAUAAUCGACUUGAAGGCCAGUAUACAAUGGAGGGAGCCUAUAAGGCAGCUACCCUUACAUUAAGAUGCAUAUCUACAGAAGCCAAGUUUAGGCCUAAUAUGGAUGAUGUUGUUACGAUAUUGGAGCAGCUCCAAGAUUCGAAGGAAACUGGAAAUACUAACAGCAAUUCAAGCAAUAGACCAAAGGUUCGUAAACUAAGUGCAGAUGAUGCUAAUAAAAGAAGUGUAACUGCAUAUCCGCGGCCCUCAGCGUCAUCUCUUUACACUUAAACUUGGAAGCAAAGGUGGUGUUGGAAGUACUUUGACUUUCUCCAGGUUGUCAACAACAAGCUGAAGAACUGGGGCGGUCUCUUUGUCUGUCCUGUGACUGUACAUUCUUGUUUUGGCAAAUGUGUUAAAAAAUCAAUCAUCUGUUGACAUGAUUUCAGGGUUGGCCUGUAACAGCUCGGAAGGAAAGGAAUGUAAGUGCUCUGUAUGACUUAUGGUUAGAAAGUUGUAGCUUUUUCAAACUGUUAAUUUAUUACCUUAUCAACUGUUAAAACACAUCACUUUUGUUGUAAUGAAGCUCUCUUGUUUCUCAAAUAAA